AUGUCUCCACAACCGGAGCAAACACCUUCUAUUCGUAUAGUGCCCCACGUGGAGGGUCCUCGCUCGUUGCAAUUUGACAUCAUCGAACGAGAGGUGCCCGACGGUACAAACAUUAAAAUAGGAAGGUUCACGGAUAAAGCCAAUUUACCCAAUAGAGUGACAUUUAAGAGCAAAGUAGUUUCCAGAGGACACGCUGAAAUAUGGAGCGAAAAUGGAAAGUUUUAUAUUAGAGACACAAAAUCGUCCUCGGGUACUUUCCUUAAUCGCUCGCGACUAUCAGCACCCGGUCAGGAAAGCAAACCAUACCCAUUGAAAGAUGGAGAUAUUGUUCAGCUUGGAGUUGACUACCAAGGCGGAACAGAAGACGAUGCUAUUGACAACUCGGUAGACUGGGAACAAGUCUUGGCAGAACAUGAUAAGGAUGCAACAAAGCCGAACACUUCUUCGCAAAAACUUAUUUCUACAAACUCAUCAUAUUCGGCCACAGAAUCAAGUUCAACGCCGGCCUCAAUAUCAUCUGCGACCUCAACAACGCAGGCCGUUCCGAUUCCCUAUCGACGUCAAAACGCAUCAUGUUUACCCGAUGAAGAUUCAAAUCUCCUGAGUCGCACGCUUCCAUCGUCACCGAUGCAAUCAGUGCUGAGUUAUUAUGAGGACGAUUGCGGUCCAUCUGCAACCGCCCCCUCUCUUCGCGAACAGCAAAGCUCUCCGCGGUUAGAUGAAAUUGCCGAGGAGGAUGAAGACGGUAUCAGUUCGUUCUCAUUUCGGGGAGGAAAUGUUAGAUCGGAAGGAAGUGGAUCGGCGUCAGGACAAGACGCUGGUAGUUCUUCGGACGCUAUGAGCGAUGAUGGAGAGGAUAUGAUUGAAGCGGCACCGAGAUUUAGAAUUGUUUCUUGCCAGCUUUUAAAGGGUGAUGAGGAGAUAUUACUAGAUGUGGGAGGGGAACACGAGGAAAAAGUGCGAAAUGCAGUGUCCAGAGAGAAAAACAGGGAUAAGAAUGAGCGAAGGGUAAAAGGAAAAGGAGUCGAUAGGGUCAUUGGACGUAGAAAAGAAGGAGAAAACUUUCUGUAA